GACCUGGUUCCCUGAUGUUUGUUAUUCUUUGGUGUUUCUUUUCUUAAAAAAAACCAAAAAACAAAAAACAAAAAACUUUAUACUUUUAAAAUUAGUUGUGCACCUGUUGCUAGCUCAUGGAAAUCAGUACCUGUAAUUAUUGCUUGUUUGAUCUUUUUAGCAAGUACCGAAGUGUUUGAGAAAUAAAUUGGAAGAGCAUGUUUGUUAAUCAAGUUAACUGAGUUGGGGAAGAUCUGGUAAUAACCACAGUUCACUUUGGCUUUAUUCCACCCCACGUUUCAAGAUGUGGACUGAAUAGGCGAAGGCUGGGAUGGAUUUUAGAGUUCUGAUGCCUUUUCCAAGUCUCUUGGAGUGGACAUUAACCUAGCAAAGCAGAGAGCUGAGGCCAAGGUUGUCCAGUCUGAAACAGCCUAACCCACAGAUGUAGAAGGGAGCAGGGUACCACGGAGGAUCCUGAGGGAAAUGGGUCUCUCUCUGUGCUGUGGUUGACACUGUUGGGCAAUCCCACUUGAACUCUGGCUUCUUUUUGGCUUCCCUGGCACUGUCUUUCCUGUUACAGGUUCAGUUCAUUCAAAAGAACUAAUAUCAUAUUGCAACAUUUGAGAAUGUCGAAGCACACCGAUGCAGUUGGAGAUGUACUGUUGGAAAGGAAAGGUUGUGCAGGAGUGAUAACCUUAAACAGACCGAAGUUUCUGAACGCACUGUCUUUUAGUAUGGUUCGGCAGAUUUAUCCACAGCUAAAGAAGUGGGAACAAGAUCCUGAAACCUUCCUGAUCCUAAUAAAGGGAGCUGGAGAAAAGGCUUUCUGUGCUGGGGGUGAUAUCAAAGUGAUCUCAGAAGCUGCAAAGGCAAAACAGAAGAUGAGUCAAGAUUUCUUCAGAGAGGAAUAUUUGCUGAAUAAUGCUAUUGCUCGUUGCCAGAAACCAUAUGUUGCACUUAUUGAUGGAAUUACAAUGGGUGGGGGAGUUGGUGUCUCAGUUCAUGGGCUUUUCCGAGUGGCUACUGAGAAGACUGUUUUUGCAAUGCCAGAAACAGCAAUAGGACUAUUCCCUGAUGUGGGUGGAGGUUAUUUCUUGCCAAGACUUCAAGGAAAACUUGGAUACUUCCUUGCUUUAACAGGAUUCAGACUAAAAGGAAGAGACGUUUACAGAGCAGGAAUUGCUACACAUUUUGUAGAUUCUGCAAAGUUGAGAACAUUAGAGGAAGAUUUGUUAGCCUUGAAAUCUCCUUCAAAAGAAAAUAUUGCAAAUGUCUUAGAAACCUAUCAUACAGAGUCGAAGACUGAUCAAGACAAGCCGUUUAUACUUGAGGAACACAUGGACAAAAUAAACAGGUGGUUUUCAGCCAGUACUGUGGAACAGAUUACUGAAAAUCUGCGGCAAGAUGGCUCACCUUUUGCCUUAGAGCAGUUGAAGGUACUUAAUAAAAUGUCUCCAACAUCCUUAAAGAUUGCACUAAGACAACUCACGGAGGGGUCUUCAAAGACCUUGGAAGAAGUAUUAACUAUGGAAUAUCGACUAAGUCAAGCUUGUAUGGGAAGUCACGAUUUUCAUGAAGGCGUUAGAGCUGUUUUAAUUGAUAAAGACCAGAAUCCAAAGUGGAAACCAGCUACUCUAAAAGAAGUUACCGAUGAAGAUUUGAAUAAUCAUUUUAAAUCUCUGGGAAGCAAUGAUUUAAAAUUUUGAGGUGACUGGCUUCUUAAGGUACAUUUUGGAGCAGGGGUUGUCAAACUAUAGCAGGUAGGCCUGCUGUCUAGUUUUUUAUAGCCUGCAAGCUGAAAGUGCUUUCUGCAUUUUUUUAAGUGGUUGGAAAGAGAAAUCAAAGACCAGUAUAUCAUGGUGUGAAAAUUACGAAAUUAAAAUAUCAGUGUCCAUAAGCAAAGCUUUAUUGGAACAUAGUUGUAUUUAUCUGUUUGCUGUCUAUGGCUAUUUUGCAUGUCCAGCAAAGUCUAAAAUGUUUAUUAUCUGGUCUUUGUCAGAAAAAGUUUGCCAACAUCUGUUGUAGCAGAUGAGAAAAUUCAAAGAUCUUUCAUCAGAUCUUAUUGACAUGUGAACUUAAUUUGGCUUUUGGUAGUGUUUUGUAUGUUCAGUAAAUAAACUCAUCAGGAAUAGAUUAUAAAAAAAAUAAACCCCGAAUUGUUUUUUGUA